UUCUUAUUCUUCUCGCUACUGUGUCGGAAAGAAGCAAAGAAUAUUUCAGCUAUGUCGGGCCGCGGCAAGACAGGAGGGAAAGCACGAGCUAAAGCAAAAUCCCGCUCUUCUCGGGCUGGGUUGCAGUUUCCUGUGGGCAGAGUGCAUAGGCUGUUGCGGAAGGGGAAUUAUGCUGAGCGAAUCGGAUGUGGAGCUCCCGUUUACUUGGCUGCUGUCCUCGAGUAUCUGAGUGCUGAGAUUUUGGAACUUGCUGGUAAUGCGGCCAGAGACAACAAAAAAAGCCGCAUCAUUCCACGCCACUUGCAGUUGGCUGUUCGCAACGACGAGGAACUGAAUAAGCUGUUGGGAGGCGUGACCAUUGCGCAAGGCGGCGUUUUGCCCAACAUACACUCUGUCUUGCUUCCCAAGAAGACUGAAGCAAUGCACACUGCUGCCGCCACCAAGCCUGGCACCAGCGUCAGCAAAUCCGCCAAAGUUCCCAAACUCGCAGUCAAGCCUACAGCCGCUCCCGUCGCAGUUCAGUGAGGAGAGAAACGUCAGCCCUGGCCCGGGGGGGAAAUACUGAGACCCAAAGGCUCUUUUCAGAGCCACCCACAAAGACAAUGAAAGUGGUUGGCUUCACUGGAAUAAGUUUUUUGCAAGAGAAGUUUAAUCGAAGCUCUAGAAAUAAGUAAAUUUUAAAAAUGA